GUCGCUGUUGUUAGCCAGCUGGUCUGGAGGUUAUUUAAUUUUUUUAGAAUUAGAUUCAAAAAUUGAAUAAUAUUUCAUCAUUUUUAAAUUAUUUCAGGGAUUUGAAAAAAUUGUUUUCUGAUAUAUCGCAGUUAAAUAUUAAAAUUAAUUACAAAUUAUUCAAAAACUCCUAAAUUAUUGGGAUAUAUUCAGUUAUGAACAGCAGCACCUUUGACAGAGAAUGCACGAAUCAGUGUAAAUCAACAAUACAUGGUGACAUUAUAACAGAUGCUAUAUCGAAACGAGGUAUUUCAGACACAAAUUUGUGUUCGUUCUUGAACUACACAUGUAGUCGUUGCGAAACUGUUUUGGAUUCUUCUGGUAGAACUGCUCUACAUGUUGCAGCCUCUUGUGGACGAUUAAACCUAGUCAGAUGGCUGGUUCGCAACAGACAUGCAGAUAUUAACAUUAAAGAUAGGGAAUCUGGGUAUACAGCCUUGCACAGGAGUAUAUUUUAUGGGAAAUUGGAUAUAGCAGUGGAAUUGAUUAAAUUAGGUGCCAAUCUAAGCGAUACGGAUCUAGAUUACCUUACGCCUUUAGAACAUUCAAUGAAAGACGGUUUAAAACCAGAGGCGGGUAUACACGGCGGAGAAUUGUACUCGUGGGGUUCUAAUAACAACAAUUUAUUGGGCCCCCAACAAUCGAAACACAGCCCAGAUCUUUUAGAUUCGUUCCACAAAAAGUACCCGGGCGAGUACGUCAAGCAAAUAUGCAUUUCGCAGUUUCACAGCGUUUUGAUUACGAUUUCAGGCAAAUCCUUCACUUGCGGACACGGGCAGGGAGGACGCCUGGGCCUGGGUGACGAACAAUCGGCGAUUUCUCCUCAACCCGUCACAUUUAAUGGCCCACAAAAAGGGGAGGUCAUUACGUGCAUUCAAGCCAGUAUAUCUAGAGAUCACAGCGUUUUUUUGUGCUCUGAUGGAAAUAUAUACACUUGCGGUUUGAAUAAGUACCAAGUAUUAGGCCAGGUGCCGGCUCCAGACCAGUCGCUCAUCCCGAAACCCGUCAAGCAAAUAUCGAAGGAGAUACAGGGCGUUUGCGCCAGCCAAUACCAUUCCGUGGCAUGGGGACCUAACGCAUUGUACACUUGGGGUUUAAAUGCAGGGCAAUUGGGAAUCAAAAUCAGCGAUAAAUUAAAGAACCAAUUCAUAACUGGUCCCAAGAGCGUUAAUAUGGAAAUGUUUGUUAGUAGCGGGGGUAACGCCGUUAUCAAAGAUGUCGCUAGUAGUAAUGGAGCGAUUGCAGUUUGUACCAGCGAUGGGGAUAUUUACGUUUUGCAUGAGUAUCUUUGUAGGAAGAUAGCUUCGAGGCAACUAAACAUAGUACAAAUAAGUCUAAUCGGAGGCAACCUGAGCUCCUCUUUGCUAGAUAGGGAAGUAGCUAAAGAAACAAACACUGAACUGAAGGUGGCGGCGCUGACGAACACCGGAAACGUUUCUUUGUGGCAAGGCUCUGACCAGAAAUUAUGCAGAUGCAUUUACUCGAUAAAUCGCGCCGUAGUAAUGAAACAAAUCUCGAUGCAAUUGAACGAACUGUUGUUGGUGUCUGAAGACGGCGAGGCUUUUAAAGGUUUCAUUAAGCCCAGAAAAAAGAAAGCCGUCGGCGGCACUGGUAGUAUUAUAAAAACGCCAAAUUCUUCUGAAAAGAAUAGCAAAAAAAGUCCUUUUCACGUGUUCUUGGAUAAGGAGGAUUGCGUGGUGGUGUCGUUGCAGAAAAUUAGCAAAAUUCAUCGGGCUGUAUCGAUGAACAGCGAUCUCAAAGGACGGGACUUUUGUGUCAUACAGGCACCCCCUUUUAAAAACUACGUUUUCCCCGAUAUAGAAAAGUCUCAAUUGAAGGAACAUUUCACGCAGCUCUACGAAGAAAUCGACGAACAAGAUACGAUUCACGACAUAACCUUCAAAGUAGAAGGAAAACAUUUCCCCGCUCACAAAUACAUAGUUGCCAAAUCUAGUCAUUAUUUAGCUAAUUUGAUAGGAAAUCAGGACAAGUUGACUUUAACUAACGUCAAUCCGGAUAUAUUUAGACAAAUUUUGUUGUAUUUUUAUACGGGGGAGUGCGAAUUAACGAAAUGCGGGGUAUUGAAAAACGAGGGUUUGAAAAAAUUAUGCCAUGUCACAGAAAAAGAAAAUAACACCAAUAUUAACGAUAUCAUUGAGGAUGAUGAUAACAGCAGUAUAUCGGCAUAUGAAUUUUACAAGAAAAAAUCGAAAAAUCAAGAAAACAAGAGCAAUACGAAAAAUCUAAAAAACCCAGUUCGUAUUCUUCACGAACUGGCGAAAAAAUUCGAGAUAUCGUCUUUGCUGAAAAUCCUCGCAAACUUAGAGAUGGAUAAAUACCAAAUUUACGACAAAAACAAGACCGCUAAUCGUCCCGUUCCAAAAUUGACGUUCGACAGAUCGGAUUUGCCGCAAUUCUACGACGUGACUGUCAAAUGUCGCGAUAAUAAAACUCUGAACGCUCACAAGUGCGUACUGGCGGCCAGAUUGGAGUAUUUCAACAGCAUGUUCAUGAGAUGGAACGGGGAAAAUAUCACUGAAGUAUCUCUGCCAUUUCCUAAAGCAACCACCGAAGCUCUUUUGGACCACUUAUAUACCGAUACAUUCGUAAAACUCAACUCUCUAGAUACCGAUCAUCUAUUUAACGUUCUAAUACUAGCAGACCAAUUGUUCGUAACCAGACUGAAGGAGCAAUGCGAAUGUUUACUAUCCGAUUUGCUCACUCUAAAAAACGCAGUACAGAUACUGUCGUUCGCUUACAUUUACACGGCCGAAAAACUUAAAUACUGCUGCAUGAAAUUCAUAACCGCCAACAUAACCCCGCUUUUAGAAUCGAAAGCUUUGGACGAACUCGAAGAUGAUUUACUCAAAGAACUAUCCGAGUUUUAUUUCCAAGAAAAGGAAGCUAUACAGUGUAGAGUGAUAACACCCUAUUCGACGGCAGAAAAGGACGAAAUUAUCGAAUCCAUAGCGAGCGCGUACCCGGUAUCGUUGACCGACGAAGUAGAAGUGACGCCUGUCAAACCGGUGCAGAAGAAACGGCACCGACAACACCGCAAUUCGGAGAAAUCGAAUUCGAUAUCGAUUUCCGAUAACGAUUCUAGCUUUGACAGUUUUAUACAGUUUCCCGAUGAACCGGAAGCAUCGAUACCGGAAAUAAUCGAUAUGCCUGCUAGGUUACGAUCGAUUCAUUUGGCUAAUCGAGUUGUUAGGGAGGAAAGCGUUCUAGAAGAUUAUUAUCCGAUGCUGGGGUCCUCGGGAAGUCCCACGUUCCCGUUUAGUAAUCGAUUAUCGCCUAAUAAGCACGAGGGAAGGAUUAAGAUGGUGAAAAUAUCGCAGAAGCAGAGGAAGAGAUUGGCGUCUGAGAGUAAAACGAUUGAAAGUCCUCCUGCUCCGGUAACGCCCAAAAACCCGUGGAAAAUCAUUCCGGAAACUACGAGUCCGAUAACAGCUGGAGAAUCGAAUAACAUUAGCAACAUAAUAUCAGACGAAAAAAGGCAGAAAGAGAACUUAUUCAAACUAACUACAAGACCUCUUAUGUACACUCAGAUUGAAGACAAGGCUAUCGAUGAGCUGCACAAGUUUUACAAUACUGAAAACGUGAUGGAAGAAUUGAUUUUAAUAGAAAGAGUGAAUAUUGGAGCGAUAGCUGCUCCCGUAUGGGUACAAAAAUAGAUUUUUAUAUUAAAAAACAAACGAUAUUUAUUUGAGGUAUAUUUAUCGUAAUUGAUUUGUUUGUGAUGUCCAUUUUGUUGUUUUUUUUUUUGUAAGUAAUAAAUUUUAUUUUUAAGUU